UUCUGCCUGGGCCAAAUGAUCAUAAUCCUAACCUUUCAUAGCCUCAUUUCAGUCGUAAGACUUUUUGUGAUCGCUAGAACUUGAAAGGACGAGAAGUAUCUCCUCCGGGUCUUAGAAACUGGCCACAUCGAGGUAUGGGAGAUCCUAGACCGAGAGUAGUGAACAUCAGUCUGGUCUUGGUUGAGUGUUAAGAAGGUCCUUGCCGACUGGAUGCCGCAUUCCUGUCGUCACUGACAACACAGCUCCUACGGGAAAGACGGCCUCUACCCGGAGAUAACAAACCGAGGUCAUCACCUCGUCUGACAAUGGCAGGGGCUUCAGUUCCUACGACCUCAUCUCCAGGACGUUGCACCAGCUUGCUCGAGAUGGUAACAGCGAGGUCCUUGCAUCAGCCUUGGCCCGCCUUGGGGAGCAAGGGCGCAGACGGAUUAACAGCCUGGAUUCGGAUAAAUUGUCUCCCCUACACUAUGCAGCCCGUUACGCACACACAGAUACUGUCAAAAUCCUUAUACAGGCUGGUGCGCAUGUCAACAUUAGGGGUCAGGAUCAACUUACGCCCCUCCAUUUUGCUGCUAGGUACAGGAAACAGCUAAGGUCGGGUCGCAGGCCAAGUCCUGUCCCCAUGAAACGCCUAGAGACGACAGAGGAAGUGGAAGAGGAGGAAACUGAGGAAAAAGACACUGAAGAGAAAAGUAGCCCAGAAGAGGAAGGGACGGAAGAGCAUGUCCUUGAAGAUGAGGAAGAAGAUGAGGCACAGGCUGAUGUGGAUCAGCCUGUGGAAGAGGCUGAAGGAAGUGAUGAGACACUCGAACCAGAAGGAGUAGACGAGCCAGAAUCUAACUUGGGCUUUCAGGAAUUGUUAUAUCUCUCUCUUCAACCUGACCACCAUCAGCUGACAGUUACAUCCAUAAAGUCUGCCAUCUCUGGCAUCAGCAACGAAAGUCUUGAGGAAAACUCUGUCAUAAGACUCCUUGUAGAUAGCGGUGCAGAGAUUAAUGCAAAGGAUGUCUAUGGCCAGACACCCCUACAUUUUGCUGCUAUGAGAGGAAAUGACCCAGCUGCCAGGGAUCUUUUAAAAUGCCCACAUAUUUUGGUUGAAGCUCGUGAUAGUCAGCUGAUGACUCCUUUAUAUGUAGCCUCAACAUAUGGCUAUGUUGACAUUGCACGGCGUCUUAUAUUUGCUGGUGCGAAUCUGCUGUCCAAAGAUGAGUCUGCUCAAACUCCCCUUCACCGAGCAGCAAUGGAAGGCAAUUUAGAAAUAGUCGAAUUGCUCUUAAACUCUGCCUCCACGAUUGGGGGAAGCAAGAUGGUUGACAGAUUAGUAAAAGAAUGUGAUACAGAAAGGGAAACUGCGCUGCAUCAUGCUGUGAAUAAUGGGCAUUAUAAGAUAACUGAAAAGCUUAUUUUAGCUGGUGCUGAUGUAGAUGCCAUGAAUGACAGCAUGGCAACUCCCUUACAUGCUGCCGCAGCUGUUGGGGACACAGAUCUCAUAAAGUUGCUUUUGCAGAAUCAUGCAAGACUAGAAUGUGUGGACUGCAAUCAACAGACUCCAUUGCAUCGAGCUUCAUACCACAAUCAGGCAGAAGCUAUUUCAGUGCUCCUAGAUGCUGGUGCUAAUAUAGAGAAGAGAGACAAGGAUUCCUUUACGCCACUUCUCAUGGCUGCAAGUUGUGGGCAGGCAACAGCUGUACAGAUGCUUUUGGAAAGAGGAGCAGAUUUGGAGGCAGUUGACAAAGAAGACAAAACAUCUGUCUUCUGGUGUGCAGAGCAGGGAAAUUUAGAAGCAUUAGAGGUUUUAUUAAAGCACGAGGUAUGUGCAGAAUUAGUAGAUGUGAGUGAUCGGUCGGACAAUUCGCCUUUACAUAUAGCAGCUUUUCAUGGUUACGUUGGAAUAAUAAAUGCAUUGCUCAGUGCUGGAUCCAAAAUUGAUAACAAAAAUGAAGAUGGAGAAACUGCCCUCCAUAUAGCAGCAGAAGAAGGCCAAGUAAAAGUUGUUCGUGAACUAGUAAAAAAAUACAACUUCCUCAUAUCUGAUCAGAAUGAAGAAUCUAACACACCUUUACAUCUAGCAUGUCUUCAUGGUCAGAAUGACGUUGUUAAAGUUCUGUUGUCAGCAGGAGCAGACGUACAAGCUAGAAAUACCUCACUGUGGACACCCUUAGACUGUGCUGCUGCAAAGGGUCAUGUGCUCUGCGUUCACCAUUUGCUAGAUUAUGAUGCUCCAUUAGAUCCAUUAGAUAAAACUAAAACCACACCACUACAGCUAGCAGCAAAGGAAGGUCAUGUAGAUGUCACUCGCUUGCUUUUGGAGCGAGGGGCUUCCUUAGCUGCUUGUGAUGCUUCUGGAAGAAAUGCAUUGGAACUAGCCAUCAGUGCUGGCAGAAGAGAUGUCUGUAUGGCCAUUGUAAAAUCCCCAGAAUGGCUGAUAGGCCUAAAAAAUGUACGGCAGGACCACAAAGGCAGGCGCAUCACUCCUCUGAGGAUGCUCAUAAGGAAAUUCCCAGAUGUUGCAGAAUCUGUCCUUGACAAAUGUUCAAGUACCAAUGGAAAGGACUCGGAUGACAAGAAAUUCGAAGUGGUUUUCAAUUUUGAACUUGUUGAUGACACUUACGCAACAGGUUUACAGGGAUCUGACAUAGACUCUGUCUCGUCUUCAUUUCUGGACAGUCCUUUUGAUGACGUUGGGAUGUUGCUGGAUGAAGUCAUUCCGUACACAAAUGAUGCCAGGGAACUUAAAGAAAACCAUCCUCUGAUGUUGAUGGUCAAACAUAAACGUCUAAACCUUCUUGCUCACCCUGUAUCUGUAACUCUGGUUAAGCAUAAGUGGAUGAAAUUUGCCAGAUGGGUUUACUACUCUACACUGAUUUUCUAUUCAGUUUUCCUCACUUUUCUCACUGGAUAUAUCUUGACAGCUAGGAACUGGGAUUCGUUUGGAAACCAGUCAGGCCUGUCUGAGGAAGUACAAGCAAAAUUACAACAAGCUGUAGAGCUGCAGUCAUGUGAGGUCUUGCAGAAUGAGAUUGAUCUACCACAGAGUUUUUUUGUUGAGACUGGUAAAUGGGUUAUCAUCGUUAUGGCAGCUAUCAAUAUCAUGAGAGAAAUAUUUCAGUUUUACCAGGCUCGUCUGAACUACCUUGGCCUGGAAAACCUGAUCGAAUGGGCCUGCUAUAUUACUGCUGUCUUAGUGGUCUGGGACUUCAAUGACUGCGAAGUCAGGGAGGACUGGCAGUGGCAGGUUGGAGCUGCAUCAAUCUUCAUGGCUUGGAUGAAUUUACUACUGUUCAUUAGAAAAUUACCCUUCUUUGGCAUCUACGUUGUCAUGUUCACUGACAUUCUAGCAACUUUUGCAAGAUUCUUCGUAGUCUUUUUACUCUUCAUUGUGGCCUUCGCAUUGAGUUUCUACACUGUUCUGAAUAAUCAAACACCAUUUGAAACCCCUGCAAAGUCACUGGUCAAGACUUCUGUUAUGAUGAUUGGAGAGUUUGAAUAUGAUGCUAUUUUUAAUGAAGGGUCACUGCUGUAUCCAGACAUAACAUAUAUAAUUUUCAUAGCCUUCAUGAUACUGAUGUCAAUCCUUAUUAUGAACUUACUGGUGGGUCUUGCAGUAGAUGAUAUUAAGGCUGUACAAGAUCAAGCUGUUCUCAAGAAACUUGCCAUGCAGACUCAGAUGGUGUUUGACGUAGAGGUGUUGAUCCCCGAAACCUUAAGAAGGAUGUACAUGGUGGGCAGGAAACACGUGCAUCCAAAUGCUAGACAUGGUUUUGUCUCGCGGUACUUUGGCGAUUUUAAACUUAUUAAAGGAUUUGAGUUUUUGGAGAAUGGAGAAGAGCUGAAUGAACAUGAAGCAAUGAGGCGAGACCUAACUCAAGUCCUGUCAGUAGUGGAAGAUCUUAAAGCCCAAAAUCAACGACAUCAUGCUCUUCUCAUUGCGCUUAUGAACUUGAGUGCCAAAGAUGACGGAAAUGGGAAGGACCAAAGUAACCCUGAUUUGUCAAAAUAUAUAUGGUCACUUGAAAAAUCAUAAUUUUAAUGAAUUGCAUAUGGUAGAGGCAUGCAUUUAAUAUGCUUGUAUUUUUUAUACACUUGAUUUUUUUAUUUUGUACUUUUAAGACAGUAUGUUAGGUAGCAGUUUAGCAUUUUGCCAUGAUAAUAGUUUUUAUAAAAAAAAAAGUUCAGUAAUAGGCCACUCAGAAGUUGAGUUUCCAUAAAGUAAUGCAAAACAUAGCACACACAGGGUAUGGAUGUAGGGAAUCUACUUCCAAACCCACUUUGUACUUAAAAUGUUAUUGUUGUGGGGCUAACUCAAAACAAAGUUUUGUGUUACUGUCAAAAACAUUCUCCAAUCUGUGAAUUCUUCUUUACCUUUGCAAUUGUCAGGUUUACUGAAUAUUAAAAAAAUUCAAUUUGCUUAAAACUUGAACAGUUAUGACAAAUUUCAUUUGAUUUUAAUUUGACCACAGUCUUAUAAACAGAGCUGGCAAACAAUAAUUGAUUUUAUAAUUUCCAAAUGAAUCUCUGGAGGUGGUGUUCCUGUUAUAUUAGAUACUGUAAGUAUAUCUCAAAAAGGAAUUUGUGUUGCAUGGCUUACAAAUCAGAUCAGCUCUGGUCUGUCCCUUUUUUAUACAGUGUUUACCAAGUACACCAGAGCUAGGGUAAAUCUCAGGAAUAAUGUCUUAAAAAACAACUAAAUAUUAUAUAUGCUUAUGGUCAGAUGAUCAAUAUUUUGUAAGUAUACAUUAAACUCUGAUAAUGGCCUUUGUGCAAUAGCAUAUUUAUUCUUAGCUUAAGUAAUGGUAGGAAAUAUAACAAAUUUUUAAUAUAAUAUGUACUUUUUCCUAGGUAUGGUACUCGUCAGUGCAAGCUGUAAUAGGUUGUCAUGACUUAGUAACAGGCUGUAGGUGGGUGGGUUGAGGAACCUCCCACUCGCACACUAUCAUGAAACACUUCUUUGCUAUUAGGGAUUACAUGUGGGGAUUGGAGAGGGUUGGGGUGGGAUUAUGAUAACUGGUAUGUGUAGUACCUAGGUUCAAUACAAAUUACAGUGUUGUACCAUACAAAUUUAAUGUAGGAGUGAAACAGGACUCCUGUAACCCCCUAUAUAAUCUGGCACAAACAUGCAAGAUUGAUAUGACUAUGAGCCAGAGUGAGAUAUACAGUAAGUAAACUCUUAUGUUAGGAGAACUCUGAAAUGCCAUAAAAAUAAGGCAGAACAGGUUGGAAGGCAAUUAUAUACUGAAGCGUUCAGACAAUUGGCUUUAACAAGCCUCUUUAUUAAAAUUGAAACUGGAGAAAGUCGCACUUUAGGAGCUUUAGUUAUAAAAGAGGAUGCUUAAUAUUGCCAAGUCUACCUGCUUCAUAGCCAAUCCAGCAUGUAUGCAGCCUGAUGCCAGCCAUUUAGUAUCUUUGAUGAGAUGCUGAACAGGUUUUAGAGUCUUCAAAAAAGCAAGUUCUAAUGAGAACAGUCCAAGGACUUGUACAUCUAAUGAUGAUGCCUGGUCUAGUUCUUUGACGUUAGCCCUGGUAAGAUGGUUAAGGAGUUAUAUAGAAAUAACUUCAUUAUCAAGAAAGUGAUCACCUCCAUCUCUUGAUGAGGUCCAAGCUUUUAUAGUGAAUGCCAUCUAGAAAAAGACAUGGCAUUAAUGUAUCCAUGACGCAAAAGGUCUUUCCUCCUGUUUGUGCGACUAAACAGGAGCUUGCAAAAAGCUAUGAGAAAUGGAUAUGGCCUAUACAUGUACUUAGCACCUCUUCAAGUAAGAGUAACUGAUACUGUCAGCUGAACUCCAGAGGGCACCAGAACUGUUGGAAGACCCUGAGCUGAUUGGAUGAGGACUAUGAGUGAAAGGCUAGAGAUGGGUAGAGAUUUGUGAAAGAUAAAGACACAAGUAGUGGAAUUUCACAGAGGCCCCUUACUUCCCGUAUCAUAUGAGACAAUGAUGAUGAUUUUGUUGCUGUUGUUACUAUUAUUAUAUAAAUUUAUAAAUAGUGAUGAUUCACUGUUGGGUAACUUGUAUACAACUACAGGUCUGGGCAUGUUACUAACUUAUGCCAAGUUUAUCAAUACUAUAUAAUAAUUCUGCAAACAACCAAAUGUUUAUGAACCAUCUGACAUAAGAUUCUUGUAAAAAUACUGGUGUCUUAAUCUUAUGUAAAAAAUACUGGUGUCUUAAUCUUAUGUAAAAAUUACUGGUGACUUAAUCUUUGAAUAAAUUUCAGGGGAAAUGUUAGACAUAAAAUUCCACCUAUAAGCUAAUACAUAUUUUAUCAUAUUAGCUUAUUAUCGGUUGACUACAAGAACAGCCUUUUUAUAUCUUAACUAGUGCAAUAGUUUUGAAUAAAAGGCAGGUGAUGGAAUGACUCUGUACUGUAAACAUGAUGAAAAAAUGUUACAAUACUCAAGCUGAAUUUGAAAAAAGCAGCUGUUCAACCGUAAAGGACAAAAAUUUUAAAUAUUUCUGCUGUUAAAUUAGUGAACUAGGCUAAACAGUAUAGCAAAGUUCUCUUUUACCAGAGCAUGAUACACAAAUUAUACCUUCUCUGUAUCUAACCUUAUAAAAUGUGCCAAAUAUUUGUUUGUGUAAGCAUGACUUCAAGUUCUUAUAUUUUGAUAUAUAUUAAAGUACAUGUAUGAAAAUAUUUGAAAUACUUUCAUACCUACCAUUUGAUAUUGUAUUUAUUAUAAAAUAAAAUCUUGGAUUUU